CUGUCGCUUCUGCUCCGCCCUCUCCUCCUCCUCCUCUGCCGUCGCGGCCGCCGCCGAGGCUCGUAAGGAGGGAGCGGCGUCCCCGCCCGCUGAGCCGCCAGUCCGACCCUCGGUCCUGCCGCGUGAGGAGCCAGCCAAGCGGAGCUCUACGCUGAGACCCGAACCGCGGCCGCUCCUCUGCAGGUGCUUGUGAGGAGGCGCCCGGGCCGCAGCUGCGAACCGAGUCCGCCGGCCGCGCACUCGCUCCCCGCGCUCCGAGGGGCGGUCCGGCUGGAGGAGGCCUCUGCGGAGCUCGGCGUCAGGAUGAACCGCAGCAACAGGCACGGGACGGGCAGCGGCUGCCUGGGCACCAUGGAGGUGAAGAGCAAGUUUGGAGCUGAAUUUCGUCGGUUUUCACUGGAAAGAUCAAAACCUGGAAAGUUUGAGGAGUUCUAUGGAUUACUGCAGCAUGUUCAUAAGAUCCCCAAUGUUGACGUUCUGGUCGGCUACGCAGACAUCCACGGAGAUCUGCUGCCUAUAAAUAAUGACGAUAAUUAUCACAAAGCUGUUUCAACGGCCAAUCCACUGCUUAGGAUUUUUAUACAAAAAAAGGAAGAAGCAGACUACAGUGCCUUUGGUACAGACACACUCACAAAGAAGAAGAAUGUUUUAACCAAUGUGUUGCGUCCUGACAACCAUAGGAAAAAGCCACAUAUAGUCAUUAGUAUGCCCCAGGACUUCAGACCUGUGUCUUCUAUCAUAGACGUGGAUAUUCUCCCAGAAACACAUCGUAGGGUCCGUCUUUACAAAUACGGCACUGAGAAACCCCUAGGAUUCUACAUUCGGGAUGGUUCCAGUGUCAGGGUAACACCUCACGGCUUAGAGAAGGUCCCAGGGAUCUUUAUAUCCAGACUGGUCCCAGGAGGUCUGGCCCAAAGCACAGGACUAUUAGCCGUUAAUGAUGAAGUUUUAGAAGUUAAUGGCAUAGAAGUUUCAGGGAAGAGUCUUGAUCAAGUAACAGACAUGAUGAUUGCAAACAGCCGCAACCUCAUUAUAACAGUGAGACCAGCAAACCAGAGGAAUAAUGUCAUUAGGAACAGUCGGACUUCCGGCAGCUCCGGCCAAUCUACUGAUAACAGCCUUCUUGGCUAUCCGCAGCAGAUCGAAGCAAGCUUUGAGCCAGAGGAUGAAGACAGCGAUGAAGAUGACAUUAUUAUUGAAGACAAUGGCGUGCCACAGCAGAUCCCUAAAGCUGUUCCUAACACUGAGAGCCUAGAAUCAUUAACACAAAUAGAACUCAGCUUUGAGUCUGGACAGAAUGGUUUUAUUCCUUCUAACGAAGUGAGCUUAGCACCCGUAGCAAGUGGCACAAAUACAGAAUUUGAAACAUGUGCUCCAGAUCAAAAACUCUUAGAAGAAGAUGGAACAAUCAUAACACUAUGAAACUGCUGUUUGAAUGUCUUCUGAGUGAGAAUGCCGUGGAGACUUGUAAAUUUGGCUAGUUUAAUGCAUAUAUACCUCUGAACCAGUGCUCUGGGAUAGGCAUGGAAAAAAAAUAAUAUUGCAAGCUUAAAAUGUUAUUAAAAUAGUAGUUUGAUAAUUAAUAUAAACUGGUGAGUCAGAGGUAGAUCUAAGUCUAAAACAAAGGGGCCUUUGCUAAUGAAAUUAUGUGCUUUUUGCUAUUUUGUCUGUAGAGAACUGGACAGUAGAGCACAUUCCCAGAACUACACGAGAGGACUGGGUCAUUUCCGUUCGAAGUGGUUGCAUAUUUAACCUGCUGUGCAGAGCCCAGUUAAUUUUUCCUUUAACUAUAUAUUUUUGUAAUUCUAAUGUGAAGAAGUCUGAAUAUAUCUUUCGGUACUUCGGGGACCUCAGCUCCUACGUUCCCCAUUUUUAUUUUGAUUUUUUAAUAUUGUUCCUCUGUUGCUAAUUAUAAUACGUAAUUUUUUCAAAUGCUUUUUUUUUCCUAAUUUCUAAGAAAUCAAACCAACUGACAGUUUUUAGGAGUUCCUUCCUAUGUUGUAAAGUGUUGAAGCUGUGUUCCUGAAUGAAGAAACUCUAACCGUUGUUCAGACCCGUGUUUGUCCAUUGUAUAGCUUCCAUAUUUGCCAGCUCAUUCCGUUUGGGUAUAACUUAUGUUGUAAAAGGCAAUUCCAUUGACUCUGGUAAUAUGGGAGACUCUCUCUCUUAACCUUUUCUUGUCCUCAUUCCAAAUCUCGUUUGAAAUCAUUCCUUUUGUUGUUUGUGUGUGUGUGUGUGUUGUUGGUCUGCUUUUAUAUAUACUCUUUUAAUGUAUUUGAGUAGUGUGAAUUAUUUUUGUUUUUUAAAAAAAUGCACCCAAAUUAAGAGAUUUUUACACACAGGACAACCUUGUGCACUUUUUAUAUGAAAAAUUGGGGUUUUCCUUAAUGGGAUUCUAGGAACACUGCCUACACUUUAUGAAAAGUACGUAGUAUUCACCUUUGACAGGUAGAGUGUAUCUCAGUUAAUUUUAUGAGGCUAUUUAUUACUUUCCAAUGCAUCCACUUAGAACAAGGUAAGAGUAAGGCUGCUAACUUCCAUUCCUUUCCUGAUUUCACCUGUGGUGUGCACAGGCACCACAGGAUGCUGUAUAUAGAGACAAGAUAGCGUGGACUGCAUAAGUUCCCUGUGGCUUUUGACUAUUCCUCUCAGAGUUAUUUAUUGAUUAAUUUUAUGGUAGGGCUAGAAUGGAUACCUUAAUAACAAUUGUGUGCUAUUAAAACAAUGAAGAAUCAAAUGACUCCGAUUUGAAGGAUAUUUUCUUUAUAUGGUAACAAUAGAUAAAGAAGUAAAGUCUUGAUUAAAUGAAGAUCACUUGACUCAGAAUACUUCCAUGUAUUUUGUUCACAUUACCACUAAACAUAUUAUCACUGAACUAUUAACUGCACAUUAUGUAAUACAAUGUACUUUUUGUUGAAUUCAUUGAAGUUCUUCCACUUAUAUAACCACUGUUUCUUAAUGGCAUUCCAGGUUUAACAUUCUGUAAGUUUUAUAUAUUUGACUCUUGAAGGGCAAAUGUUAAUAUGUAGAAGGUUAAAUUUCAUUUAUAAUUAUAAGCGGUGCAGGGGUUCAACAUUUUAAGUAAAAAUACUUUCACAUACUACCUCUCUUUCUCUCUCUCUUUUUUUUUUUAGCAAAGUUUUAACAUCAGAACUUUCUCUUAGGGGAAGAAAUACUUCAGGGCUUGACUUUUUGUACAACUUUUAACUGUUAAAUACAGAUUUGUCUUGUGUGUAUUCAUGAAAAUGGAAAUCAAAGCUGCUAAUGCUUUUUACUUUAAUCAUUCUUUUAAGGGUAUAUGUCAGCAGUCUUUUAAACCAGAUCUCUCAUUUAAAUUAUUGGUGAAAUAAUUGGUUACUAGGUUUAUUGUAUAACCAAUAGGUCUUGGUUAUACAAUAAAAUGUCGAUUGGUAGUCUGAAUUAUUUCAAGUGUACUUUAUUAACAAAAAUGUCAGUGGAUUUGGCAUAAAGUUUUAUAGUACUAAAUGUCAAGCUAACUGUGAAUUUUGUUCUCUAUCUUAAGUAAAUUUAUAAUAAUGUCCUCAUGAGCUAUCAACAAAAUAUAUGUACUUUUGUGAACUAUGGAUUUUCUAAUUAAAUUUUACAUGCAACAUGAUUUUUACAUGAAUGAUACUUUGUUUAAACUAUCAAAUGUCAGUAUUUUACUACAGUUUUAUUAUAAAAUGUACAUUAUCACUAAAUGAACUUUGAUUUUAAAAAUCAAAUUAGCUUUAGUUGUAUAUUAUUUUUUACAAAUAAAGAUAGACUUGUAUAAAGGCUA